AUCUGAAUGAACAUUUAAAAUGUAUAGGUGAGCAUGUAUGCGUAUACAUAGUAAUCGAUCAGUGUACUACCAGAGAGCGAGAGAAAGAAGAUGGCGCUAGUAAUUUAGCACUUUCAGAUAAAUAGGAAUGUGUGUGCGGUUGGUUAGUGGUCUUUAUUCUACUUGAUUUUAAUUGAUAAGAAUCUAAGAACGCUUAUGUGAAUUUUUCUUUAUCGAUUAUAAUUUCUUUUUUAUCAUAAAUUGUGUGACCAUGUAAUAAAUGCGUAAAAAGAUACAAAGCAAAAAAAGACUAUGGAUCAACAUAUUAACGAUUCAGUGUCAAUGAAAGAAAAAUACAAAUUUCUAAUCGAAGAAUUGUCAAGAUUACCGUUAUAUGUCGAAAGAUAGCCGAUAACUGGAUCUUAUAUCUUAUAAACUUAUAUCUAUCACUUAACAGGAAUAAUAUGUUUGGAUAUUUCUUCAAAUUCGGAGGAUACUAGAAUUGUUUAUGCACAAAAUGACGCCCUUAGCUAAGAAGUUGUUCAUGACAUUGCAGACAUUUACGAUAAGAAAUUUAGAUUCUAACCAUGUAUCCAAAGCAGAGUUAUAAGAACAUUUUGAAAAAAAAAAUCAUGGCAUCUAAUGGUUAUUCUGGAGCAGGAAUGAUGGAAAGCGAAUCAAAGAAUAAUUCACCACCGUGUGAGUCAGUAAAUUCAAUGCCAUGGUUUGGUAUGGAUAUAGGUGGUACAUUAUGUAAACUGGUAUAUUUUGAACCUAAAGAUAUAACGAGAGAUGAAGCUGACGCUGAACUUGAAACGCUUAAAAAUAUUCGACGAUAUCUCACGAAAAAUUCAGCCUAUGGAAAAACAGGUCACAGAGAUACUCAUUUGCAGAUGGACAAUGUUUCUAUCAGAGGCAGACGUGGUACUUUACACUUUAUUAGAUUCCCUACCAGUGAAAUGGGAAAUUUUCUAGCAUUAGCAAAGUCUAAAGGUAUGGCAAAUCUAGUGACCACUGUUUGCGCAACGGGUGGCGGAGCCUUCAAAUUUGAAGAAAAUUUCAAGAAGGAAGUGAAUAUGAGUUUGGCAAAGUUUGAUGAACUGGACAGCUUAAUACGUGGCAUACUUUAUGUCGAAAUAACUAAUCCACACGAAUGCUAUUAUUGGUCUCACCCAACGGAUAAUACCAGAUGUCAAAAAAUACCAUAUGAUUUUUCUGAACCUUAUCCAUUUUUGCUUGUAAAUAUAGGUUCAGGUGUCAGUAUAUUAGCAGUGUAUGGACCAGAAAAUUAUAAGAGAAUAUCUGGAACGAGUUUAGGUGGUGGAACUUUCUUAGGAUUGUGCUGUUUACUCACUGGUUGUAACACUUUUGAAGAAGCGAUUGAAUUAGCAACAGGUGGCGACAACACUAGAGUAGACAAAUUAGUAAAAGACAUCUAUGGGGGUGAUUACGGGCCAUUCGGUCUUCCUGGAGAUCUCGUUGCCAGCAGUUUCGGACAAAUGAAUUCUAAAGAACGUCGUAACGCAGUUACAAAGGAGGAUCUUGCUCGUGCAACCCUUGUUACUAUCACCAAUAAUAUUGGUUCCAUAGCACGUAUGUGUGCCGUUAAUGAAAAAAUAGAAAGGGUGGUAUUUGUCGGUAACUUCCUUAGAGUCAAUCCUAUUUCUAUGAAAUUAUUGGCCUAUGCUAUGGAUUAUUGGUCUAAAGGAACAAUGAAAGCUCUGUUUUUAGAGCAUGAGGGUUAUUUUGGGGCAGUGGGAUGUUUACUACAAUUUAAAGGAGAAAUAAAUUGAGCAAGUUUGUUUUAUGCAUAGCAUUUCGGCUGGAAAAAGAGCUGCUUUAAUAAACUCACACAAAGUGUCAUUGAUUUUUCAAUAUAUAUAUAUAU